GAAACGCCAGCUUUCUACAGGCGGACUCGCACGAGCAUCCCGAAGUCUCGCGAUGUCUCGUCUCCUUCAUCGCUCGUGCUGUGAGUGUGAACGCGUGCGCGCACAUCCUUCCUCAGCAGAGGCCGUGUCUGUUUGGAGAGGAGAGGAGAGGAGAGGAGAGGAGGAGGAGUGCUGAGAAUAUGAUGCUUCCUGUUCAGGUUACAGAUGGUGGAAUGGAGCUUAGGUGAGAAUGGAACACCCUCUAUCUAAACCAGACAAAAUGGGCAAGUCGAGGCUGUUUCGCAUCUUUUUAAUCCUGGGCUCUGUCUUCAUGAUCCUGCUGAUAAUCAUCUACUGGGACGAUGUCGGGGCCACUCACUUUUACCUGCACACCACCAUCUCUGGUCCUCACUCUUCCCGUCUUCCUCCGGAGGGUCAUGCCGCUUCCAAGCAGAAAUCAGAAGAAGACAGAGAUGGCUCUUUUCUGUCUGACAUUGAUGCUUUUGUCAACCAGUUUUUGGAGGGCACCCCUGACCCGACGGAACAGGUGAGAGGAGAAACCCCGCCUGGAGAGACUCACAACCAGUCUUCAGAAAAACCUGAGGAGAGGUUUGUCCCCAGACGCGAGUGGAAGAUCCACUUGACCCCGAUAGCGAUAGAGAAGAAGCAGAGGCAGGACAGCAGGAAGCAGAUGAUCCAUGAUCUGUGCAGCAGCAAUAGCAGCUUGGACUUCCCUGGAAAGAACAGGACAUUUGAUGACAUCCCCAACAAGGAGUUGGAUCACUUGAUUGUAGAUGACAGACAUGGUAUUAUCUACUGCUACGUUCCCAAAGUGGCAUGCACCAACUGGAAGCGCAUCAUGAUUGUGUUGAGUGAGAGCUUGCUGGUGGACGGUGUGCCCUACCAGGACCCUCUGGAUGUUCCUGCAGAGCUCAUCCACAACAGCAGCUUGCACUUCACCUUCAACAAGUUCUGGAAGCGCUACGGAAAGUUCUCCCGUCAUCUUAUGAAGAUCAAGCUGAAGAAGUAUACAAAGUUCCUAUUUGUCAGAGACCCCUUUGUGCGACUCAUCUCUGCCUAUCGCAACAAGUUAGAACAGGUGAACGAGGACUUUUACAAGAGAUUUGCUGUCAUCAUGCUGAAAAAAUAUGGCAACUAUUCCGACCCACCAGCCUCAGUGGUGGAUGCUUUUGCUGCUGGUAUUCGACCAACCUUUUCAAACUUUAUUCAGUAUUUGUUAGAUCCAGACACUGAGAAAGCAAUGCCCUUUAAUGAGCACUGGAGACAGAUGUACCGGCUGUGCCACCCUUGCCAGAUAAACUAUGAUUUUGUGGGAAAGCUGGAGACCUUGGACGAGGAUGCUGAACAUUUGUUACGGAUCCUGCGUGUGGACAAUGUUGUGGAGUUCCCACCAAGUCAUCGCAACAUGACAGUGAGCAGUUGGGAGCAGGAUUGGUUUGCGAACAUUCCAUAUGAAUCCCGCAAAGAGCUGUACAAGCUCUAUGAAGCUGAUUUCAGACUGUUUGGAUAUUCUAAACCUGAGAAGCUUUUACAUGAGUAAAAUUUGCUUUCUGGUUAA